AUGAGUUGUAGGAUCUUGUUAACAUUAAAUAUAGUUUUGUUUUUCUUGUAUUUGUCAAUAGUUCAAGGAGGGAAUUUGACAGAAUUAAAUAAGGAUAAUUUUAAUGAAUUUAUUACAAAGAAUGAACACAGUUUAGUGAUUUUUUAUACAGAUGACUGUGCAGCAUGUGUGACAAUAAUAGAAAGAUUAGAGAAACUCAGUGAAGAAUUAGCAAAUAUUAAAGUUAAUGUGGCAAAGAUUAAUGGAGAGAGGAAUAUUAAAACAUUAGAAAAGUAUCAAAUAAAUGAUUAUCCUGCUUUGAAGUUUUUUAGAAAUAAGAUACCAGAAGAAUAUUAUGGAGGAAGAGAAGAAAAUGAGAUCAUAGAAUGGUUAAAAAAUCAGGUAGUAUUUCCAGUUUCUUCAUUAGAGAAGAUUAUGAUUAGCAAGGAAAGACUUGAGAAUUUAUUACUUAAGAAUGAUGUUAUAUAUAUAUUUUAUGGUAAUAAGAACAGCACUGAGCAAGAUAUAUUUAUUGAUGUUGCAAACUACAAUAGGGCUUCAGGUAAAUUCUACCAAAUUUUGAAGGAGGAAAUAAAGGUUGGAUUAUCUAAAGAAAAUUUUAUUCAAGUUUUUCAGUCUGGAGUGGAGUUAGAUUCAAUUAAAAAUGAUUCAAAGAAUAAUGACUCUGACUCUUGGAUUGUUUGUUUAAGAAGAUAUGAGAAUGCCAUACCUUUCCGUGGGUCUUUAAAUACAAAAAAAGAAGUUUGGGAUUUUGUAAAAGCUAAUCAGAUUCCAUUAUUUGGAGAAAUCUCUUCUAAAAACUACGUCAAAUAUUCGGAAAUAGAGUAUGAUCUAAUUUGGUUGCUUGUCCCAAUGGAACCUGGUAAAGGAGAGGAAAGUAUAAAGCCUUAUGUAACAUUAUUUACUCAAAUUUCACAAGAAUUUUCACAGAAUUACAGAGUAGUUUGGUUAGAUACAUCAGAGCAUUCUUCUCAUUUAAAUACAGUCUUAUUAGUAGAACCUGAGAUGCUUCCAACAGUAGCUGUAGCUAAAUCCAGACCUUAUUUAUUACCGCCAAAUACCCCAAUAGAGUAUUCCACGAUUAAAAAAUUCCUUCAUGAUAUUGAAUCUAAUAAGAUUGAACCAAAGUUAAGAUCCGAGCCAAUACCUGUUUAUUAUGAGAAUGAGUCAGUAGUUAAGAUUGUUGGAAAUAACUUUAAUUCAAUGGUCUUGGAAGAUAAGAAGAAUGACUGGCUAAUUAUUUUAGUUACUCCAUUUUGCCAACCUUGUAUAGACACUGAGGAGAUUAUUAGAAAAUUACAUGAUGCAAUUUCUUUUGGGAAUUCUGAGUCCAAGAUCAAGUUUGGAUCUUUUGAUAUCAGUGAGAAUGACCUUCCCAAAGAUGAGUUUUAUUCAAAUUCUAUUCCAUCAAUCAUUUUCUUUAAUAGACAUAAUUCAAGUAAUCCUAUACACUUUGAUGCUGAAGAAAUCAGCUACUUCAAUAUUAAAGAUUAUAUGAUUAACUCAACAAGUGUUGACACUAAUGAGAUUUCAUUCAUAGAUCCGGCUAAUGCUACUGAUUUUGUUGUUACAGUUUUCUCAGAUUUUGAACAGUUUAGUGAUGAAUUUCCUACGCAAGAACAAAUCGAAAUGAUGGAAAAAUCCAUCAAACACGACGAAUUAUAA